ACAGAGACAGCCACUGGUAGACGUUUCAUGGCCUCAAACCUCACCCAACUGCCCACCAGGGAGUGGAAGGCAGCAGGUGGGGGCAGGGAUACACUGAGGCCGUGGCCUUGGUCUGAGGUUGUGACAUUGUUUCUAACACUGAUCUUUGGACACAAAGGGAGAGGAAAGAUUAAUAGUUAAUCCCCACCAGGAACCCAACAAAGAGGAACUCUCAAGGCACUUACCCUUCUGUUACUUCUUCAGGAAAUUAUUAUUUAUUGCACUCUUGCCAUGGGCUAUGCCCUGGACCAUUUUAUGGACUGCCUCGUUUUAUGCUUACCUCAUUUUAUGCUUACGAUAACCUUAUGAGGUAGGGACUUUUACCCCUGUUUUUCAGAGGAGGAAACUCUAGCUUAAACUAUUAGGGUCAUCUGCCUGCAAUUCCACAGCCAGUAAAUGACUGAGGGAGGAUUUAAAUCUGGUUCUUCCAUAUGUGACAAUGCCUGGCAUUCCUCAGGUGCUGAUUAAGUGAUUGUUUUGCCUCCUUUCUGCCUACCUGCUAACCCAAGCAGGUGUAGGGAAGAGGUGGUGUUCAGGGCCCCCAGCCCCUAGCCUUCCCUGGAGGGGCCACGGUACCACAGUCGUCACAGGUACCAACCUCACAGAAUACUAAUCACAUGCACAGAAAUCUUUGUUGACAAGGUUCUUUCACGUACCUUAUCAUGGUCUAUGGGAGCUGAGUGCCUCAUACCUGAAGAUGUUUCUGACUCCUUCCCAACCUUCAGCCUACUGAGAAAGAGAUUGGGAAGCAGCCUACCAGGUGAUAAGCCUCAGAGGGGCAAAGUCCCCCUCCCCAUGACAUGUAUGGGUGCAGAGCUCCCAUUCCUGUGGGAGGGAGCUGGGCAUCUGGGUGGUGGUUGGGCUAUUUGUUCAGGGGUUGUGUCCAUCCCUGUGACAGCCGGUAGAGCAGAGCCUCUAGCUGAGAUGGUACUGCCUUCCGGAAGGGGAUCAUGGAUCGGAUAACCUAUAACCCCUCCUCCUGAAAGGACUUUAGUCUUUGGAGCUGUCAGAGGAGCUGAGUGAGAUAAGAGCUCUGCCAGGCAAGCCUGAAGGAAGGAAGGGAACACUUACCAGCUGCCGCUGCCCAGUCAAGACACACAUCAUGGAGCCAAGGGCGGCCCAACUGCGGAGGAGAGAAGGGCUAGGAGGAGAGAAGGAAGACCGGCCCUCCAGAGAAGGGAAGCCCCACUUUGGGAAUGCAAAAUGCCCAGGUGGGGUUGCAGGAAACAAUGAGACACAUAGCGGCCCAGAUUUGCUACAAUGGACCCGACAUAUGCAGGCUGUGAAGACGCAGUUGCUGGAGCAAGCACAAGGUCAGCUGACGGAGCUGCUGGAUCAGGCCAUGUGCGAGGCUAUUCAAGCCUACCCGCCACAAGACAGACCAGUGCCCUCCAUCCCUCCGGAUUCCUUGUGCAAGACCCGGGAGCCAUCCCUGGGGAAACGGAAAGUUUUCAUCAACCGCAAGUCCCUGCUUGACGAGCUGAUGGAGGUGAAGCAUUUCCGCACCAUCUACCACAUGUUUGUCGCCGGCCUGUGUGUCUUCAUCAUCAGCACCCUGGCCAUCGACUUCAUUGAUGAGGGCAGGCUGAUGCUGGAGUUUGACCUACUGAUCUUCAGCUUCGGACAGCUGCCCUUGGCGCUGGUAACGUGGGUCCCCAUGUUCCUGUCCACUCUGCUGCUGCCCUACCAGGCUCUGCGGCUGUGGGCGAGGCCCCAGUCCAGAGCGGCCUGGAUGCUGGGGGUGGGCCUGGGCUGCAUGCUGCUGGCCGGCCACACAGCAGUGCUCAGCAUCCUUCCAAUCCAUGUAGCAGUGGAGUAUCAGCUCCCGCCAGCCUCCAGCUGUGUCCUAGUCUUUGAGCAGGUCAGGCUCCUGAUGAAAAGCUACUCCUUCCUGAGAGAGACUGUGCCUGGGACACUUCGGGCCAGAGGAGGUGAGGGGAUCCGGGCCCCCAGUUUCUCCAGCUACCUCUAUUUCCUCUUCUGCCCCACACUCAUCUACAGGGAGACUUACCCGAGGACACCCAACGUCAGGUGGAAUUAUGUGGCCAAGAACUUUGCCCAGGCCCUGGGCUGCGUGCUCUACGCCUGUUUCAUCCUGGGCCGCCUCUGUGUUCCUGUCUUUGCCAACAUGAGCAGGGAGCCCUUCAGCACCCGUGCCCUGGUGCUCUCCAUCAUGCACGCCACCUUGCCAGGCAUUUUCAUGCUGCUGCUCAUCUUCUUUGCAUUCCUUCACUGCUGGCUCAACGCCUUCGCAGAGAUGCUACGAUUUGGAGACAGAAUGUUCUAUCGGGACUGGUGGAACUCGACCUCCUUCUCCAACUACUACCGCACUUGGAACGUGGUGGUCCAUGACUGGCUGUACAGCUAUGUAUAUCAGGAUGGGCUGUGGCUCCUUGGUGGCCGGGCCCGAGGGGCAGCCAUGCUGGGCGUGUUCCUGGUCUCUGCAGUGGUCCACGAGUACAUCUUCUGCUUCGUCCUGGGAUUCUUCUACCCUGUCAUGCUGUUGCUCUUCCUUUUCAUUGGAGGGCCACUGAACUUCAUGAUGCAUGACCGGCACACGGGCCCAGCGUGGAACGUGCUCAUGUGGACCAUGCUGUUUCUGGGCCAGGGCAUCCAGGUCAGCCUGUACUGCCAGGAGUGGUAUGCACGGCGCCACUGCCCCCUGCCCCAGACAACCUUCUGGGGGCUGGUGACACCUCGAUCUUGGUCCUGCCAUACAUAGAAGUCAGGGCACACUCACUGCCCAGAUGACACCGCCAAGUUCUCUGCCUGCAAAGCCUGGGAUCCGGGCUCCUCUCUGAAUUCCCAGACCUAGCUCUGAGUCAAGGGGGCCUGCCAUGCCUGACCCCACCAGAGAACUCCAAGGACUGAGAUCUGUGGACCUGUGGACAGGUGAGCACAGACUCAGAACGGUGGUAGCUCUUGAGCCCCCAGCCCCGUGGGUUGGGCAAAAGGCCCCCUCUCACUCCAUGGCUGUUCAGACUGGGGGAGACACGAAGGGCCUUACAGAUUUGGUGAAGGUGGGGUGACUUAAAGCAACUCGGGCCGUCAAGGUCUGACAGGUGUUUGUUUCUUUCUUUGUGCUCUUUACAAUACAAUAAUAAACUCUUUGUAUCGCUUUUUAUUCAUUC